ACGCGUCUGCACGUAUGCAUACUUCCACCAAUCACAGUCCGCAACCUCGCGCAUGCGCGCUGCUGCACCGUACCCACCGCUGUCGCUCUCGCACCGCAGGUGUCAACAGAGCAAGCGUCCCUGCUACAGCUGCGAGUGAGGAAACCUAUCCGUCCCGUCGAAAAUAUAUCAGUCCUACGGAGCGGGCGGGCGGGCAGUACAGAUUUGACGGCCUGAAAAUGUGCGAAUGAGACCGUGAGCUCGUGUCUGUGCCAGGGCAGGUUUUACCGGUGAAGAGGGCGGCUUUCCGGGCUGUAGACAGCGGGCUCGCGGAGCGUCUUCAGCGGGGAGCGCUGCGGUCCUGCCGCCGCCGCCACUGCUGCUGCUGCUACAAUGUUCGUGCAGGAAGAGAAGAUCUUUGCAGGCAAAGUCUUGAAGGUCCACGUCUGUACCAUGGAGGGUACCGAGUGGCUGGAGGAAGUCACGGAAGACACCACUAUAGAGAAACUCAAGGAGAAAUGCUUAAAGCAUUAUGUCCAUGGAAGUCUAGAGGAUCCUAAAACUCUUACACAUCACAAACUCAUUCAUGCUGCCACUGAGAGAAUUCUCACCGAAUCCAAAACAGUUGCUGAGGAAAAUCUUAAAGACAAAGACUGCUUAUUAUUGAUAAAGAAAAGACCUCCGCAGGCUCCACCAAAAAUGGCUGACAUAUCUUCUGAAGAGAAGGUAUCUGGUGGCAAAAAGCAAGAGAACAAAGCUCCAGAUAAGGACGCCAUCCUCAAAGCCACAGCAAACCUGUCCACUUGCAACACUGAACGUGCUGUAACUCAACACAAUAUCAAAGAUUUUCAAACAGAGCUGAGGAAGAUUCUGGUCUCACUUAUUGAGGUGGCUCAGAAGCUGCUGGCUCUGAAUCCAGAUGCUGUUGAGCUCUUCAAAAAAGCCAAUGCCAUGCUGGAUGAGGAUGAGGAGGAUCGUGUGGAUGAAACGGCCCUGCAGCAGCUGACUGAGAUGGGUUUCCCUGAGAGUCGUGCUGUGAAGGCUCUACGCUUAAACCACAUGUCUGUGACCCAGGCUAUGGAAUGGCUGAUUGAGCAUGUGGAUGACCCCAUGGUUGACACGCCUCUGCCUGGACAGGACACCCCAGGGGUGGCGGCCGCUGCAGCCCCUGCCCCUGCCCCUGCCCCAGCUCCCUCUGCCACUGCUUCAGGAGACCGGGCCCGUCUGUCAUCCCAGGCCAGCCUAGAAGAGGCCAAACAAGAUGAACUGACAGAGAUCUUCAAACGGAUCAGAAGGAAAAGAGAGUUCAGGCCUGACUCACAGGCAGUGAUUGCACUGAUGGAGAUGGGCUUCGAUGAGAAGGAGGUGAUUGAUGCCCUCCGUGUCAAUAAUAAUCAACAGGAUGCUGCUUGUGAAUGGCUGCUGGGUGACAGAAAGCCCACCCCUGAGGAUCUGGACAAGGGCAUUGAUACCAGCAGUCCCCUGUUUCAGGCCAUCCUGGAGAAUCCCGUCGUACAGCUUGGUCUCACAAACCCCAAGACUCUUCUUGCGUUUGAGGACAUGCUGGAGAACCCGCUGAACAGCACGCAGUGGAUGAAUGAUCCUGAGACAGGUCCCGUCAUGCUCCAGAUCUCUAGAAUCUUCCAGACACUCAACCGCACGUAAAGCACACAUCACCUGUGGAGCGGCCAGAACCACAGCAUAGCAUAGAGAAAAAGAUCAAUCAUUUAAAAGAGAAGUGCGUGCGUGCGUGUGUGUAUAGUUUAUGUGUGUGCGUGUGCGCGUGUAUGUGGCAUAACUAUUGUUUUAAGUGGAGAAGUCACAAAAGAUGAAUGUAAAAAUACGAUGAUGACAUUUUCACAAUCAUGUUAUACAGAGGAAAAUAUCUAUUUAUCUAUAUCUAUAACUACACAACACUUGUACAAAUACAAUGUAAGCAGUAACUUAAUGAUAAAUAGCUAACUUCAUUAUUUAGUUUUUUUAUGUUUUAAUAAGAUCUGUUUUAAAUUAUAUUAAGCACAUUAUUUUAUAUAAUUUCUCUAUAUAAUUGUACAAUUGGACAUCUAAAAAAAAAGAAAGAAAUGUUCUAUGUUUUUUUUUUGUGCUCAAAGAUCAAAUUACAACCAAAUUAUUUAACACUUCACAUGGUACAUUUGUCAUAACUGAAUGUUUCUACAGGGAGAUGUAGAAUGUGUAUUCAGUUAUUUUUAUUAUCAGUUCAAAAAAAUGAAAUCCUUAAUGUAUUAGAUUAUAAGUUUCUUCCAAAAACAUCAAAUGAACGUACAGUAUGUACAAUUUAGGGAAAGCAAUGCAAGCACCAGCAGUUUUUGGCAACUCCUCAUUUGAAGAUUAUUCAAGCUUUGUGGUUUCAUUAACACUACAGACAUUUCUGUGAUGAUGUGAUGACGCAAUAGCAAUUUGCAGCCCCUUACGGACAUAGAUAAGUGACAGAUUUUGAAAUCGAACCUGAUCCCUUUUUUCCUCUCAUCUCUUUCAUUCUUUCGAUCUAUUCAGAUGGAAUCUGUCCAAAUGGACGCAAGUCAGUUUUGAUUCUGUCAGUUUAGAACAAAGAUGGUAUAAUCGAGUACUGGAUCAUUACCUUAGUUUUUUUCCAGUAACUCCUGCAUCAGGGGUUUUCAAGUAUUACAGUACAUUUGUCCACUAUUAUCAUGAUCAAGCUGCUGCCUCUGAUCUCGCUCGCAUCCCUGCACAUGUGUAAUGUGAGGCUUACUUUACAUGAUUACAGGAGGCUGGACAGACUUUAGUUUGUACUGACUCAAAUAAAAUGACUGUUCUUUUAUGGAUUGGUUCUGUUACACGGUAUGUUUGCUCAAGUUGGUUGUGUUUAAUGAUAACGAUUAAUUAAAUGUGCUGUCAGUGUCAUCACAGUACUCUUAUGUCACUUUUUACAAUGCACUUAGUAGUUUGCACGGGAAAUUCAGACUGCAUUCAUUGUAAACAACAUGUACUCUUUUAUUUUAAAUGUUUGGAUUGAAAUUGAAGCAUUGUUUGCUGUGGAGACCUACAUUUGUAUGCUCUGUUUCAAAUACCUGUGCCGGGAUUUCUAGAAGAAAUUAUUACGUUUUCGGUAAGACUUAAGUUGAAUAACGUUAUUUAAAUGGUUUUGAUAUUUUAAUUUGUAUUAGAUAAAUAUAUUAUAAAAAUGCGGUCAUACCAAACACCAGUUUUAGAUUCAUAGAUAAUUGUGUGAAAUAUGUUUUUUUUUCUUUCUUUUUUUUUUUCGUUUUGGCCAAGCGUGGAGUGUUUCCAUUCAAUAUUUGAAUCAUGUUGGUGUGAAGUGUGUGCUCAGGGGUUUCUUAGCCAUAUUGGGUAAAUGUCUGCUAUAGUAAUGCCUACUUUAUCAAUACAAAUAACAGUAGAUUAGUGAUUGCAUUAUCAGAGAACUCUAUGAAUAUAUCUGAAAGCUUACACUUUAAAUGAAAAUUUACUAUCCUUGUGUGAUAUUUAUUUUUCAGGCCAAAUAUAAUCAAUCAUGAAAUCAUCCCUAGAGGGAUCAUGUCAUUAUAAUAUCGUUUUAGAAGACCAAACCUAUUAAAUGGUACGCCAUGUUCAUUUCACUGAGUGGCUUCAAAUGUACUUAAAGAUUAUGUUUAACACAUUUAGCAUUUGAAACCAGAACAUUGUCUUGAGAACAAAAUUUUGGUCUUGAAAUGUAGCUUGUAUUGUUUUGGGGGACUAGAGAGUACAGGCUUCUAUGCAAUUCAUUUUUUUGUUGCCUCAACAGAAAAACAACAGGUUUCAGUAUCAUGAUGCAUUUGUAGUAUUGAGUAAUUGGUGUGCACUUUCAUAUCAUAUCUUAUUUUUGAUUUGAAUUAAAUUUUAGUUUCAUCAUGGCUAAGCUCUGUAAAGUAGAAAGUGCUGUAUGAUUUCAGUAUUUUAAAAUGUUUGGUGUUCAUUCAUUUACUGCUUAUAUGUUUUCAUUUUGGAACCUGAAUUUUCAUUUUCCUAAUGUCAGUGUGCUGAAUACCUUAAAAUGAUCAUUGAUCAAAUGCUAAGUUACAGAUUUCUUUUUUUUUUCUCUCUCCCUCGUUUCAAAAAGGUUAUCAGGUAACAGAAAUUAUGAUGAAAUAUCUUGACGGUUUGGUGCUCUUGUGCUACCAUUUUACUUUUGUGUCCUUUCUUUGUGUACAAGUUCGGUUUCACAUAGUGCCCCUACAGUCUGAGAGCUGGAAUGUUUCUUUUCUCCAUUUGUUGAAAAGCCUUUCAUGAAAAAUAAUAAUAAUAAAAAGUUUUUUAAAAUUCCA